CUUUGCCGAUGGCGACGGACUCUAUCAUCUUUGAUGUCAUUCUCUAAAUCUAUCAAAACUUUCAGAAACAGGUUUUCAAUGUCGUAUUUACUAAUAUUUAUAAUUUGUAUCUUAUAUUUGUUACAUUAUAUUAGGUACUAAAUAUAAUAUCAAAAUACCAACUUUGAUGAAUUUGGUUGAAUGCAUUGCGUAAAGGUUCUUAUAAUUUGUAGCCUGAUGUCAUGCGUGAGAAGCACCUAUGUAGGCUCCACUAUAUUUUACAAAAGGCGACAGGAUAGAUCUGGUGAUUGCUGGAGUCUUGAUGAUUUAUCGAAACUGAAGGCGAGACAGUUGUUGGAAACCAUUAUGCCCAUUGUGCCGUCUACUGAUAAAAUUAACAAGAAGUAUGUUAGAGAAACCGUGAGAUAUUUGCGCCAAGCUCUUAAUGAGAUUGACAAAGAUCUUGAUGAACGUACUGGCGGCAUUCUCAAAGAAGCUUUAGCGGACGCUAUCGGAGGACAUUUGAGAGCUCGAGUGCUUCCCACUAUAAGAUUCGCCUACUAUGCAGGCUACAUCCCCUGCAAGUGUGCGAGACACGCUCACGAUUUUUUCAACGACGUGAAGACUGAACUAAAUACUCUAGGCCUAGGUUGGGCCGACCCUCGUGUACCAGCACAUACAAAUUUGUCAGUAGUCAAAAUCUUGAUUAGCACCGGGAAAUUUGUUGAUCCGUGCACCAGUUUGGUAUCCAAACGUGACGCAAAUUCAUGCAUACACGUGCCACCUCCUAAACUUGACGACAGUAAAAAGCCGUCCGCGAUUGCAUUGCCAUUCAAAAAAGGUGGUUUCAUUAGCUUAACGUCUCCCGCUGCAGAGAAUAUAUUGUUGAAUUACUAUACCACUGCCUCACGAUGUAUAUUAGCUAGUUCUCCGGCGAAAUGUCGCCACGCUGAUUUUGUUAAUUUUAAUAAUGAAAUGUGGCACUGGAUGAAACGAGACGUGGCGCCGCAUUUGGUGGACGAGAAGCUUUAUUGUGCGUACGGUGGGGUGUUCAGAAUAGCCGCUGCUGUACAGAGUUAUGGAAAGGGACUUAAAAGACGUAAUUUAUUUGAAUAUGAUGAUCCUAGCUCGAGAUGGAACAUAUUUCGGAAGUUUCCAGGCCCCUGCAUCACGGUAGACAUGGACUGGACGCCGAGCCUGUAUAUUAUUGUAAUAUUUUGUUUAGCCGCUACAAUCUGCUUCUUCCAGACGAUGUAUUAUUGUUUAUUUAAAAGAAGAGGAUGUAGAUGCCAAGGGUUCACUCCAUCGUGGCACACAAAGGACUUAACAUACGCUCGCGUUGAAACGAAUAUCCCUGCUAUGCUAGCCGAACACCAAAGCGCCAUUUAUUACAGCGAUAGAAAACGUGGGGCGAAAAACUCCUCGAAAACUAGAAGUACUUCACUGGGGUCAAUAAAAGCGCAGAAGGUGUAUGAUCUGAACGAUAAUACGGAGAAGAUGAUGGCAGUCAUAAUGAGCGGGAAUGAGGACAGCGAUGUGGAGAGCCAGUCGUCUGCAGGCAGCAUGAUGUCGAAGCACGAGAGCGAUGGAUCUCCUGUGUCCGUGUUGACAAAACGGUCGACGCAGUCUACGGCGCGAUCUAAAAGUCCACCAAAGUUGGAAACUCCUAUUGCACAGUUAAAACUGGAUAGUCCGGUGCGAACCGACAAGAGACCGCGUCAGCCGAUGUACACGACGAGUACAGUGACGAGGUCCGAGCUGACGUUCUGCCCGGAGCAGCGAGACAGCGAGUCCACCUGGUCUGACACUUCUAUCACAGACCACUCAACCAGUUGUUCUGCUAGUUUCAAAUCGCAGAGUCGGCAGUCGAGCAGCACACGAAACUUGGCAUGGGCACGCCGCAUAGUGUCCAAACACUCUGGACAAACCCAGACACAAACGAGGUCAACUACAGGGACAGAUUUCGAUUUUAAUUCAUUCACAACGCCUCCUUCGCGCAGAUAACGACACGAUUUGAUAGGUUAUUUUUAAUUUGUAGGAUGUUUCUAGUUAUUCGUACGAUUUAAGACGAAAAUUUUAGAUUUUUUAGG